UCCUCUUGUAUGGAGAGAGGAGCUCUGAGGUGGACGGACAGGAUUCGCCGACUGGGUCGGAUUCCGCAUCAGAGGGGAACUCGCAAUAAGUUGUAAAUCUCCGGACCGAGGGGGGACCCUGAUCUCAGCCAGACCUGGAAGCCUUCUAGUGUCGGACUUUAAAACACUGGAUGUUUGAGAUUUAUUUAGGAAGUCAAUUUUUUAUAUAACUGUUUACUCAGGGAAAAUGAUGCGGAUGCCUAAAGGCGUCUCGCCGGCUUCGGGUCGGCCCGCAGUGGGUCUGCCGUGCUCUCAGCAGAAGAUCAAGGUUUUGACUACCGGAGGAGUCAAGACCGACUUCUUCAGCUCCGGACUGUCCAGCCCGCCUAUGCACACGGUACCGGCCGGCUAUUUCACCCAGAUCUGCAACACCGCCGUGGCCGAACAAAGAGCCAACAGCCUGUAUUCAACCCCCCACGGACCCGAGGCUAAACCCAUCAGAUCAUCCUCCGGGCGACUGCCGGCUAAAAGAAAGCUGGAUCUAGAAGACCCUCUCUACCUGCCAGAGUUUCGCACACCAAAAGGCAAAGGCAGCAUCGCAGCAAGGAUACCUAGCCCAAGAACUCCAAAGUCUCCGGGCGAGCGGACGCGCUACGACACCUCGCUGGGCCUGCUCACCAAGAAAUUCGUGGGUCUGAUCGCCGAGUCCCCUGAUGGAGUCCUCGACCUCAACUGGGCCACGGAGGUCCUGGAGGUCCAGAAGAGACGCAUCUACGAUAUCACUAAUGUCCUAGAGGGGGUCCAGCUGAUCCGAAAGAAGUCCAAGAACAACAUCCAGUGGCUGGUUGGAGAUGUGUUUGAAGGUGGUGCAGGUGGAGGAGAGAAGGCCUGUGCCCUGAGGAAAGAGCUGGGAGACCUGGAGAGAGCAGAGAGGUCGCUGGACGAGCUCAUCCAGUCCAGCAGCGCGCAGCUCAAACAGCUGACCGAAUACAAAGACAGCCAGAGGCUGGGCUACGUGACGUACCAGGACAUCCGCUCGAUCGCCAGUCUCCGAGACCAGACGGUCAUCGCUGUCAAAGCUCCUGCUGAGACCAAGCUAGAGGUGCCAGACACGGCGGGGGCUUCGUUGCAGAUCUAUUUGAAGAGCAGAAACGGCCCCAUCGAGGUCUACCUCUGUCCAGAGGAGGGGCUCGAAGACGCCAGCCCCGUUAAGAGUGUCACACCCAAAAAGGAAAUUCCCCCAACCCUCGUCGCUCCAGCUGCGGCCGCAAUGGCGCCGCCGAGUUUCGCCGUCAAGGAGGAGCCCGCAGAAGCGGCUCUCGUCGCCCCCCCAGCCACAACCUCCAGUUCGUCCCUGCUUGACGUGGAGGGUCUGCUGGGUUUGCCCCCGAGUUUGCUCCAGAUCACAGAGGACCAGCUUCCCGGCGCCUCCUUCACCCAAGACCCCAACACCCCCUUUGUCAGUUUCUCCCCACCCCUGGACCACGACGACUACCUCUGGAGCCUGGAGGACAGCGAGGGAGUGUCCGAUUUCUUCGAUACCUAUGAUCUUGGGGAUUUGUUAAAGAGCUGAGGUAUAGAAGAGGGAGGUGGUGGGGGGGGGGGGUUAUAAAUGUAAAAUGCCUUCUCGGGGGGAGGAUUUAUCACACUAUGAAGCCAUCAUUUAAUAAUAACCUAAAACUAAGUUGUACAUAAUGAAAAGAUGAUCUGAGGUCAUCUCCAACCAUAAGGAAAGUUUAAAAAGCAGGGAUUUACGGUCACACUUUCAUCCUGCCCAACGAAGAUUGAAAAAAAAAAAUCUUAAAAAAAAAAAGUUAUUGUGCAUCAACAAAAGACAGUUUAUUUGGGCGAAAGGCAGUGUUUGGUAUGAAAACUCAGGAAGUUUUUAUUUUUUUUUUCCCAAAGUCUAAAUGUUUGUGCCACUCUUUGGCCCGUAGGGGGCAGCCUUGUAUUAUGUCAGCUUUAAGAGCAGCUUUACAGGACUCGAUCACUGGAUGAGAGGAAGCUAAAUCCGCUAAGGACCGAACGCAGGGUGUGUUUUUGUAAAACCCGUAGCAUUUUCACCACUGACCAAAUUAAACUGUGAAUGAUCCGGCUUUUGUAGAGCCACGAGCAUCUACAGCGUUGAUCGCACGGAUACAGUGCAAAAGCCCGGACGUGGCUAUUUAAGCGUUGGGUAUAAAGCUGAUUUUAAAGGUGCUUUCCAGGUUCAGGUUUUCCCUCAACCUGCUUUAAGCUUCAUGUUGGGCACUGUUUACCAGUUUGGCACUGAAUUUUGUGCCAAAAUGUGCACCCAGAGCUCACUCUCUUGUUGUUUUGGCAGCUUCAUUUCAAAUCCAGUUACUCCACUGUUUGAUGUUCAAUAGUUGAUUUUAAGCAUUGAUUUUUUUUUUUUUUUUUGAUGUAGUAGUGUAAAACUACUAUUGUAUUUCUUAGGAAAUAUCCCCCCAAAUGAAUAGAGCGCAGCAUCUGUGCUACAGGUGUUGGUGGAAAGGGAAGAGGGGGAGGAAUUAAUUGAUGUAAAUGAGGUUUAAUUAGAGGAGCAAUUUCUUUUUGCUCUUGUUUUUAAGAAAUGAAAUUUGUUGAUUUAGCAGGAAACAAUGAGGGGUUUAUGUCUUUUAGGCCCUCAAAUGCUUUCCUUCAUGUUUCGGUGCAACACUCUUAAAAGCGUUGCACCAAUCUUUUUAAAAUUUGAACUUCACGCUGAUCCUUUUUUUCUUUUUCUUUUUGGCUUUACCUCUACACUGCAGAGAUAAGCUAACUGUCCUGUCCUAAAAAUACUUGAAAAUUGUGUGCGUGUGUUUUUGACAGCCUGGGGAAUGGUGCGUUUGCGUUUUUUUUUUUUUUUUUUUUUUUUUUUUUUUUUUUUUACAAUGUAGAUUAGGGAACGUGAAUUCAGAAAUUGUAGUUUUAAUGAGCAUUAUUUUUUUGGUAUUUGUACAUAAAUUGUUUUGUAUUUAUACCUGUUUUUUUCAGAAUUGGUGACCGUUUUUGUAUGACCUGCAGCACUUAAUAUUUUUUGUAAUAUUGUGUGGUCUGUUUGAAGUUGUUAAAUAAAUACUGAAGCCAUGGUUUACACUUGGAA